AUGGCUGACUGGGAGCAUCUGCCUAUGUAUUUGUCAGGCUCUAGCAGAGCCUCUCAGGAGACAGCUAUAUCAGUUCCUGAGCUCACACAAGAUGAUGCCAAGAACAUGAUGGCUGCCUGUGAUCCAAGACAUGGGUGCUACUUGACUGUGGCUGCCGUGUUUAGGUGCUGCAUGUCUAUGAAGGAGGUGGAUGAACAGAUGCUUAACAUCCAAAGCAAGAACAGCAGCUACUUUGUUGAGUGGCUCCCCAACAAUGCAAAGAUAGCUGUCUGUGACAUUUCACCUUGGGGCCUAAAAAUGUCUGCUACCUUCAUUGGCAACAGCAUCACUACUCAGGAGCUGUUCAAACGCUUCUCAGAGCAGUUCACAGCCGUGUUCCAACACAAGGCCUUCCUACACUGGUACACAGGUGAGGACAUGGAUGAGAUGGAGUUCCCUGAGGCUGAGUGCAACAUGAGUGAUCUGGUGUCUGAGUACCAGCAGUACCAGAACACUAGAGCUGAGGAAGAGGGAGAGUUUGAGGAGGAGGCUGAGGAAGAGGUAGCUUAG